CUACUGCUACUUAGCUACGCUGUACCAGUGAGCUUAAUUCGGGAGCAAAUAUCGACCGUCCGAUCAUCUCAACCAUGCCGAUCCGGAACAUCGCCGUUGGCCGACCUGAGGAAACGUACCACCCGGACGCGUUGAGGGCUGCGUUAGCCGAGUUCAUCUCGACGCUCAUCUUCGUUUUCGCCGGCGAGGGCUCCGGAAUGGCAUUCGCCAAGCUAACCGAUGACGCCGCAAAUACUCCCGCAGGCCUCGUCGCCGCCGCGCUCGCCCACGCCUUCGGCCUCUUCGUCGCCGUCUCCAUCAGCGCCAACAUCUCCGGCGGACACGUCAACCCGGCCGUCACCUUCGGCGCCUUCAUCGGUGGCAAUAUCUCUCUCCUCCGCGGCAUCCUCUACUGGAUCGCCCAGCUCCUCGGGGCCACCGUCGCCUGCGGCCUCCUCAAGUUCGUCACCAACGGCCAGACUACCGCUGCUUUCUCCCUGUCCUCGGGAGUGGGAGUGUGGAACGCGUUCGUUUUCGAGAUCGUGAUGACGUUCGGACUGGUCUACACGGUCUACGCGACUGCCAUUGACCCGAAGAAUGGGAGCGUGGGGACAAUCGCGCCCAUCGCGAUUGGUUUCAUCGUUGGCGCCAACAUUUUGGCGGGUGGGGCUUUUGACGGAGCGUCCAUGAACCCGGCCGUUUCUUUCGGGCCGGCGUUGGUGAGCUGGAGCUGGCAGAACCACUGGGUCUACUGGGCCGGGCCUUUGAUCGGCGCCGGGCUCGCCGGGCUCAUCUACGAGUUCGUGUUCAUCGGCAACAGCGGCCACGAGCAACUGCCCUCCACUGACUACUAAUUGAUUAAGCCUUAGUUAAGCUUAAUUAAGGAGUCUUAAGAUUUAAUUACAUUUGCAUGCAUGAUGGGUUUUGUACCUUUGAGUUCUUGUGUUUCGUUAAUUUCAUCAAGAAAAUCAUGAUCAUGAUCGAUGUCGUCAUGAGUUGAUCUCCA